AUGACACCUUCAAAGAUGGUCACAUUGGGUCUGGUAGUUGUACUUCUCUGGCAAUGCGUUCAUGUGGUAGAUGGGACACAGUCUUCAUCUAUACGUCUGGACGAACAUCUUAAGUCUGUCGAUGUUGGAGACACGGUGACUCUGCAUUGCCAGUACAAUGUCGCUAUGUCAGUGCACCUUUCUUGGUACCGGCAAACUCUAGGAGAUAAACCCCAGCUUGUAUCUACCCUGUUGAAGUUAGGACAAGAAUAUAGACUGCACAAUGAGUUUGAGGACAAUCCUCGCUUCUCUGUAUCCGGUGGUGGAGGAUCCAAUCACCUGAGGAUCUCAGAUGUCCAACCUUCAGAUUCAGCUAUGUACUUUUGUUGUGAAUCAUUGGAAAAUAGGGUGGAAUUUGCUGAUGGUGUCUUCCUUAAUGUAAAAGGUUCCAAUACCAAAGAAGUUAUCCAGCAGCCAGUUUCUGAGUCCAUCCAGCCAGGAGACUCUGUAACUCUGAAUUGUACAAUACCCACUGAGACCUGUGCAGGAGAACACAGUGUCUAUUGGUUCAGACAUGGCUCAGGAGAAUCCCAUCCAGGAAUCCUUUACACCCAUGGAGGCAGGAGUGAUCAGUGUGAGAAGAGCCCUGAGGCUGGGUCUCCUACACAGAGCUGUGUCUACAACCUCCCCAAGAGGAACCUCAGCCUCUCUGAUGCUGGGACUUACUACUGUGCUGUGGCCUCAUGUGGGGAGAUACUGUUUGGAAAUGGGACCAUGCUGAAGAUUGAAGAGAGCAUGCCAGAUCUGCUUUUCCUUGUCUACUUCUUGGGUGCAGCAUUAGGAAUCUCGGUCAUGCUGAUCGCUGUGUUGACCUGCUUUGUGUUUAAAAUAAACAGGAAACAAUGUCCUCACUGCAGAGUUUCUGGAUCAGUCUCUCAGACUACACGUUCAAUCUAUCCUGAAUACAGAGAGGGCCAAGAGGCAGAAAACCUCCAUUACGCUGCUCUAAAUCUAAAGAAGAAGACAAGCAAACCCAGAAGAGAGAGAGAGAACGUGGAGAGAGACACAGUGUACUCUGGUGUUAGAGAAUAGAGCUGGGAGAGGAAAGCUGCUCUGAUAAGUUAAUCGACCCACAGAUGCACGCACAAAUUCGCAAAUUUGUGGCAUUAUAAUAUGAUGCACUCUGCCUUAUUCUGCUCAUACACCAUUCUGAUUUGUGUAAUUAUUUGACAUUUACAUUUAAAAACUGGCUGACAUGGGUGAAUUGGCUUGCUUGUCCUUACAUAGUUAUUGGUUCUCAGAGUGGUUACAUAGGCUAAAAUACAGAAGUGGCAUUCCAUUCCCCGUUGAAAGUUCACUUAAAAAUAACUGUCUGCAAAAUUUAAGAAUAGGCAAUCCUAGCCUAUAUUCUUUUCUAUUUAAUUUCAUAUGGAAUAUUCUUUAAUAUUGUUAAGAUUAACUUGUUCACUGUCCAGUGUCAAGGUAACCAUCAAUUUUAGUGCUCACAAAAACUUUUAACACAUUUAUCAAAUGCUGAACGUUUUCUUUGAAUUCUAUAACCCAAGAUAAUCUUUUGUAGAACUGUGUAAUAGUACCUUGCAUAGGUCAAAGGUCAAAAGUUAAGCAAAUAAUAAACAUUGCCACUUUGUCAAAGAAUUAGGAAACAUAAGUGAAUAUUGCAACUUCUUUAAGAAUGUUCCUCACCUUUUGCCUUUUUUUUGGAAAAGCUGAGUAACAUUGAGAUUGUGUUGAUGUGAAAGUUAACUUGUGAGGCUGUUUAACUUUUGCUUCAUUCUCGGUCAAGAACUUUAGAGAUAAACUUGACUGAUGCAAUAUAAGCGGUGUAGAGCGGGUCAGUGACAUUUGUGGCAGCAGAUGUCUGACUACAAAGUGCCAUGCAGGGCAGAAGAUUGUUUUCAAAUGUGGGUGGGACAGCUUUUUUUUACAUUGAUGAUACAAAACAAUGAUAAUGAAACUUACACCUCUGCUUCUGUGUGUUUUGGGCAGAGCCAAAAUAUGUUGUCAAACUUU